AUGAAGCACCUCUCAAUCAACCCAAGCAAUGCCGAACCACCCACCCGCGACCAUCCCUCGCACCCGGAUUCCCUUCCUUCAGCUAAAGAAACGAAGCUCCACCCUACGAACGCCGGCUCCGAGAACGCAAGCAUCUUCUUUGUAGGGACCGCAACCACGAUCCUAGAAUGGGAGGGUAUCCGGGUAAUGACUGAUCCCAACUUCCUCCACGCCGGAGAUCAUGUUCACCUUGGACCCGGUGUGACUGGGGAGCGCGUUACGAAUCCGGCUAUUGACCUGCACGAAUUACCGCGGAUUGAUGUGGUUCUCCUGAGUCACUACCAUGCGGAUCACUUUGACCAGAAAGUCGAGGAGAGCCUGAGAAGAACGCUGCCGAUCAUUACGACGCCACAUGCAAAGAGCUGUCUCACGUCCAAGGGGGAGGAGGAGAGCUUCAAGAAUGUGUAUGAUCUGGACUUCUUCGACAGCAUGAUGGUUGAUGUUGUGUCGGAGGGGGGAAAGGAUAGGAUUCCGAGCAUCAAGGUCACGGGGAUGCCGGGGAAGCAUGUGCCUCCUGGGCCACUCUCUAUCGCUAAUGACAUCCUGAAGGCGGUUCCCCCUACUAAUGGCUGGAUGGUGGAACUGGGCUACACGACGAAAGAUGGUGGAGAAGGCAGCUUCGAGAACGGCUACCGCAUUUACAUCUCCGGCGACACCCUUAUGGUAGAUGAGCUCAAAGAGAUUCCGGAGCGCUACAAGGGGCAGAACAUCGAUCUGAUGCUCAUCCACCUGGGAGGCACUACAAUCCCCUCGCCAAAGAUACCGCUACUAAUGGUGACGAUGGAUGCAAAGCAAGGCAUCCAGUUGAUGCAGCUGAUAAAGCCGGAUCUGACGAUCCCGAUCCACUAUGAUGACUACGACGUUUUCCUGUCGCCGCUCUCGGACUUCAGGAAGGCGGUUGAAGAAGCAGGACUGAGCGACAAGGUGGUCUUUCUGGACAGGAAGGACCAGUACAAGUUCCAAGUCAAAUAG